GAGGACGGUGGUUCGUUUCGUUUGUCGCAGUCGGGCUGGGCUGGGUCGCUGUGUGCGGUGUUCGUGUAGUAUUUGGGCGUGUUAAAAUAUAUUUUGAUAAAUCGAAGAACGGUGAAUUUUGUAUAAAAACGUUACAUAAUAAAACAAAGAAUAAAAGUGUAUCAUUUAAAAACAGAAGUGCUCUUCCUAGAACAGUUAUCAUAGGCGAUGAUACCUUUGCCACCGAUGAGUAAUAUUUAAUUGUACAGUGAAUUAUUUUUAUAUAAACAAAAAUGGGGAAGUUGUUGAGUCUUUUGGCCCGUGACGACUCGAAUUGCUGUUCGUCGCCGCGCUACGAUAUCUUUUUGGAUUUCGAGAACGCUGCGCCCACGGAAACGGAGAAGGAAGUGUACGAGGAAGUUCAGAGAGUUUUGUUGGAGUCGGAGAAGAUUUUGGAGGAGAUACAGUGUUAUAAGGGAGCUGGGAAGGAGAUACGGGAGGCUAUAGCGGAUCCGUCGCGGAUAUCUCAGGAGCGAGCCUGGCGCGCAGUCAAGCCGCUGGUGGAUAAGCUGCUGCGAUGCUACAACCACUCUGUGGAGCUACAGCGGGUAGUGCCGCGGUUAUUGGGCUCGCUGGUCGGCGGAGCCAUGAGCCCGACACAACAUCUCGAGCAGCAACAGGCACUCGUCAAGCAGUUCGCUGAAAUACUCGAGUUCGUGCUCAAGUUCGACGAAUACAAGAUGAAAACGCCAGCGAUCCAAAACGACUUCAGCUACUACCGGCGCAGUGUCUCACGAGGCGGCCUGAUCAACCCAGACCUGCCUCCCGACGAAUCCAACAUCAGCGCAGAAAUCGCAAAUCGCAUGUCGCUUUUCUACGCUCAAGCCACGCCUAUGCUCAAAGUGUUGUCAGAGGCUACCAGUCAGUUUGUGAACGACAAUCAACAGGAUUUAGAAAACACCACGGAGACGCUCAGCACAAUGGCUAAGGUGUGCUUAAGGAUGUUAGAAAACCCAAAACUCGUCGCUCAGUUCAGCCGCGAAGAAACGUCGCUCCUAGUACUCCGCGUCAUGGUCGGCCUAAUCAUCCUCUACGACUGGGUCCACCCCGCCGGCGCGUUCUGCCGCUCCUCCUCAGUCGACGUCAAAGGCUGCGUCAAGUUCCUACAACAGCAGACCCCGGCCAAGGCGGAGCCUCUGCUUAAUGCACUCAGGUAUACCACCAAACAUCUGAACCACCAGACGACGCCGAAGAAUAUCAAGACGCUGCUAGCGGCGUGAGGUCAGCAUUCCAGCCUUGCAUGUUGCUGUGGGGAAUGAAUCGACAAUAAAUUAGGGGAUUUCUCAUCGGCGCAUUUACGUUGCUGUAGUGUAUAGCUGCGUUUCUCGUUCACACACUACUGUCAUUGAC